UUAUUUUUAUUUAAAUAUAAUAAAAAAAAUUUAAUAACAAUCGAGUUACAAUAGUAUCUUUUUUAAAUAAAAGAGAUACGAAUGAAAUAAUAAUUUUUAAUGUUGAUUUGCCAGAGGGAAAAGAAUAAAAUAAGCCAAAUCUUCACCAAUGCGCCCUCUUUCUCUCUCUCUCUCUCUUUCUCUCUCUUCUGCGACGCAAUUGAGAGAUUCAGCAAAUCCUAACUUUAUUUUUUCAGCUAACAUUGUUUUUGCUUUGCUCAAUUAGGAAAUUGCUUGGAUAUGACGCUUAGCCAACAUCUGCUUUGGAAAGUGGGGGGAGAGAGACUUUGAAGGGUAAUUCUGCAUUCACAAACUAUCAAGUGUUAAUGGAGGCUUCUUCUUCUUCUCCGCCUCGAUGGAAUUAUGAUGUCUUCUUAAGUUUCAGAGGCGAAGACACUCGCAAGAACUUUGUACAUCAUCUCUAUGUGGCUCUGCAACAGAAAGAAAAAUCGAUUUCUUCACAACUCCUCAAGGCAAUCAAGGAAUCGAAAUUUGCAAUCAUCGUAUUUUCGGAAAAUUAUGCAACUUCCUCAUCGUGUUUGGAUGAACUCGUUGAGAUCAUUCUAUGCAAGAAUACAAUUGGACUGACAGUUUUGCCAGUCUUCUACGAUGUCGAUCCCUCGCAAGUAAGGAAACAAAAGGGAAGUUUUGGAGAAGCAUUUGUCAAACAUGAAGAAACUUUUAGGGAGGACAAAGAAAAGGUGCAAAGGUGGAGGGCAGCAUUGACGGAGGCAGCAAACUUAAGCGGGUGGGAUAUAAACAAUAUCGCAAAUGGGCAUGAGGUGAAGUUUAUCCAAAAAAUUGUUCAAGAGAUUAUAAAACAAUUGGGGCCUAUACCAUUAAAUGUGGCCAGGUACCAAGUAGGGAUAGAUUCCCGUGUAAACAAAGUGUUCACUUUGCUAGACAAUGGGUUAAAUGAUGUGUGCAUUGUGGGGAUUUGUGGAGCUGGUGGAAUUGGAAAGACAACCAUAUCCAAAGUUGUCUUCAAUCGAAUAUAUAAUCAAUUUGAAAGUUGUUGUUUUCUUAGCAAUGUGAAAGAAGUUUCAGAACAACAUGGCCUAACUUAUCUCCAACAACUACUUUUGAAUGACAUUCUUACGGAAGAAAAUCUAAAGAUACGUAACGUUGAUUUUGGAAUCAACAUGAUGAAGAAAAGACUCCGUUAUAAGAAAGUUCUUGUAGUUCUUGAUGACGUGGAUAGUUUGAAGCAAUUAGAGAGUUUAGUGGGUGGAAAUGACUGGUUUGGCUCUGGAAGUAGGAUCAUUGUAACAACCAGAAAUGAACGUUUGUUGGUGGAACAUAAAGUAGAUCAUGAAAUGUUCAGGGUUGAGUUGUUGAAUGACGAUGAAGCUCUUGAACUUUUUAGUUGGUAUGCUUUCACUAACAACCAUCCUUUGGAGGAUUAUGUGGAACUCUCACGGCAUGUAAUAAAGUAUGCCCAAGGCCUUCCAUUAGCUCUUCAAGUUUUGGGUUCAUUUUUAUUUAAAAGAAGUUUAAAUGAGUGGGAACAUGAAGUAGAUAACUGGAAAAAAAUUCCAAAUAGAGAAAUUUAUGAUGUUCUCAAGAUAAGUUUUGAUGGCCUUAAUGAUACAGAGAAAGAUUUAUUCCUCGAUAUCGCUUGUUUCUUCAAAGGGUAUGAUAAAGAUUAUGUAAUGGAUAUAUUGGGCAGUAAUGGGUUUCACCCACGAAUUCCAGUUCUUAUUGAACGGUCUUUGAUAACAAUCUCAUACAACAACAAGCUAUGCAUGCAUGAUUUGAUACAAGAAAUGGGUAAAGAAAUUGUUCGUCAAGAAUCACCUGAUGAUCCUGGAAAAUGUAGUAGGUUGUGGUUUCAUGAAGAUAUCUUUAAAGUGCUCAGAGAGAAUACUGUGACAGAAACAAUUAAAGGCAUUAUGCUAAACAUGCCUCGUUGUCAUCUACCAGAGGAAUUAUAUGUAAAUGUUGAUGUCUUUGAGAAGAUGAAGAAACUUAAACUGCUUAAACUCAGUGGGAUAACACCUUGUGGACACCUUACAUAUCUUUCAAAUGAACUAUGUUAUCUUGAUUGGGAUGAUUACUCAACAAGGAUUUUGCCAUCCAACUUCCAUCCGAAAAAUCUUGUUCACCUUAGCCUUUGUCAUAACAAUAUCAAAGAAAUUUCAUCAGGUAUCAAGUUUCUAGAGAAGUUAAAAUUCAUUGAUCUCAGUCACUCCCUAUAUUUGGAUAAAACUCCGGAUUUGUCAAAUAUCCCAUGUCUAGAGAAUUUAAUUCUGAAAGGAUGUACAAAACUAACUGAGGUCCACCAGUCGAUUGGAGUUCACGAGAGGCUUGUUAAAUUGGAUCUCAGUAAAUGUAAAAAUCUAAGGAGUCUCCCAGGAAGUAUCAAGUUAAAAAAUCUGAGAAGUUUUUCUCUAUCAGGAUGCUCAAAACUUGAGAAGUUUCCAAAUGUUCAGGGAUGCAUGGAUUGUUUGUUGUAUCUUUAUUUAGACAAUACCGCAAUAAAAGAUUUUCCUUCAUCAAUUGGGCAUCUUGAAAGGCUUCAGAUUUUAUCUUUAGAAAAUUGCCGGAAGCUUAAAUGUGUUCCAAGUGACAUUUUUUUAAAAAUGAAGGGUUUAAGAACCCUUUACAUGGGAGGAACCGCCAUAGAACAGUUACCAUCGUCCAUUGCACAGUUGUCUAAGCUUAGUAACCUUUACCUAAAUAAUUCUCAAAAAUCAUCCCCCAAGACGACAAAAUCAUUGAUUCCAUUUUCAUUGGUGCGAAAGAGAACUCUUCCUUCAACUUAUUUGCAACUGGAACUGCUCCCCAGUUUGAGCACUUUAUUACGAUUAGUUCUUAGGAGCUCCAAUUUAUCAGAAGAGUCCUUUCCCAGGGAUAUUGGCAGCCUAUCCUGUUUGAAAGAAUUAGAUCUAAGUGAUAACAAAUUCUCUAGCAUACCAGCAAGCCUCAUUCAACUCAAAAAACUGAAACGCCUUGAUUUGGUACAUUGCACAAGCCUCCGAACGCUGACUUCACUUCCGUCAUCUAUUUGUUAUGUUGAUGCACAUGGCUGCAAAUCAUUGGAACGGUAUUGGAUUCCACCAAGUGGAAGCGGUUCAAACAAUCGCGAAUUCAUAUUCACUGAGUGCCACAAAUUGGUUAUGGAUCAGAUGGAUAACAUGCCAAAUAUAUCAUCACAAAGUCAGCUUCAGGGAUUAUAUUGUGUCAUUUUUCCUGAGAGUGAGAUUCCGCAAUGGUUUAGCCAUAAGAGUGAAGUUGAGGGAUGUUCAUCUGCGUCUUUGGUGGUAGAUCAACAUCAUCUAUCUUCUUACAAUAACGUCAAAGGAAUUUUCAUCUGUGCUGCUUUGGAAUUUCAUGGAUUUCACUCAUGGAUUCAAUUUGAUCUCAAAAUCAACGGCUAUGGCGUGAGCAGACGGUAUCGAAAUUACUCAAAAGAAGGGAAGCAUGACCUUUUGUCAGAUCACGUCAUUUUGAGGAACAUAACGGAAUAUUACGAUGGGUUGUCUAAAGACCAUCAACCAAUUAAAAAUUUGAUGAAGAAGAGACCAAAGCUUAGCCCAGGGCCUCUCAAUAUUUGUGAUAAUUCCUGUCACAUUGAGGUUUCACUUAAAUGCUUAGGACCAAAAGUCAAGAAAUUGGGUGUCCAUCUAGUAAUGGAGGACCAAGCUGAAGGUCAAUGACAUCAUCUUAUCAAGGAUCCAUGUUUGUAGAGCAUGGAGAAAUCUUAAAAGAGGUUCUAUGUUUCGAUACUUUUGAUUGUCAAUUUUGUGUUUUCUUGUCGUUUGUUGCAAUAGGAAUAGGCUUUGAUGGUAAUGUUUUGUUGGUACGUACCAAACUCUUUUUGGUCAUAUUUGUUGUUUCAAUAUUGGAUUUGAUCUUGUCAUGCAUUACAAUUUCACAUCAAGGCCUGAAAAUUGUUCUUUGUAAUAAUCACUAGUUAAUGUGUUUAAACCAAUUUGGCAUUUUGGUUCUAGACAGUGCUUGUGUAAUGGGUGGUUCUAACCCACUAGCACAAUUAUGUAGGGUUCGAAAGUUGGACUUCAUCAAUCUAUUUUUCCUUUUUCCAUUUCCUGUUUCCACCAUAUCAUCCUGUGAUUCGUGUACUUGGAUGCUUCGUAAAUGUUUGACAAUGUGUCUCAAUUAAUGUAUAACAUUUCACCUUGGUAUUUCUAUAUAACUUUCAUUACAAUACAUAUCUUACUUGUAAAGUUUUUGUUUGGGAUCAAUUAUUGAAUUAUAUACCUUUAUAAUAAUCUUUUGCCAAAUAGUAAUAUACAUCGUAAUGACUUGGAUAAUAUACUGGUCUCUUUCUUAUAGGAGGUAUCUGGUUGUGGCUCAUAGGAAAAGGUUUUUCUGAUUUUAGUUUUGACAGGAAAUACUUUAAUUAUUAAUUUGUAAAGUGUCGAUUCAUGUUUACUGGAAAAAAAGAAAAAAAGAGUAUCAAAUUUUCAGAUCAGUGGCAAAAUGGAUUAUUAACGCUCUGCAAUGACUUGAUGAAAUUACAGUGUUAAGUGCUGCUUCUUCUUGUAGUUAGAACUGUGUGGUUAUGUGCAGGGUUUUUUUUAUUUUUUUUCGUUUUCUAGAAAAGAAUGAAAGAUUAUCUAAAAAUAGUUAAUUUGUAGUCUAUAUGUUAUCUGAAGCUCUCACACAUUAAGGGCAUGGAUGAGUACUACAUAUCAGACAUAUUCAUGGGGGCAAGAAUACAAUGCAUAACAUGUGGGAGGACUGCUUGUUGGCUGCUCCAAUUAUCUUCUCGCUGAACUUAGCACUUGCAUUCAGCUCAAAGCUGAAGGAGAGGGAAAGCUUCACUCAUUCCACUCUGUAGCUACCAUUCUCAGCUACCUUACCAAGGUCCCUCUCUCAUUCUAUAUUCAAUUUGAAGUGUGAAGCCAUUGAAGUUUUUGAUCGAAACCUGACUGCUCGUUUCAUGAGAACGGGAAUUACAUGUAGAUGAGAUUGGGAAUGUGUACAUUUACGGAAAAAAUAUAUGGAAUGGGUACAAGAAGAAAAGUGAAGGGCGUUGCAUAGAAUGAGUCGGGAUUUUCAAAGCGAUGAAGGUCUAGCUUUGGGUUGCUCUUAAUUAAAUGUAUGUGUUGGCACACUGGCCAUUUUAAAUGUAUGACUGAAUAAUUGGUACGUGAUGUUGUGCUUUUUGGAAAACCAUGUACGACUAGGCAUACCAGUGUUAAAUGCUCUGUCAAAGCCGAGGAGGCAAUGCUUGAGAGCUUGUGUUGGAUGAGCUCCCGAGAACAACACGAUUGCAAUAUAUACCCAAUUUAUAUAUUCCUCUAAUCUUUCCUUGCUGUAUCUCUCUAUUCGUGAUCUUUAUAUUUUGCUUAUUGGGCCUGGGCUUGGACUUCUUAAAGAAAAAAAAUAAAUUUUCUUUGGGCAUGGGCUUGUCGGGCUUCGGCUUGUGUUGGUUUAUUGGACUUUGGACCAGUCCAAAAUCUUCAAAAAUUCAAAUCAAUUUGGAUCAGCCUGUCAAAAGGUUUGAUUAAAUUUGAACACGUGGCAGUUAGAUGGUUAAAACCCUAACGGGUAUCGGUUUGGCAGUUAGGGCUUCACCUAUAACGUUUGGCGGUUUGGGCUUCACCUAUGACGACACUAAAAUGAUACCAAUUAAAAAAAAAAAAAAAAAAAAAAAAAA